UGGAAAUGGGUCCAGAUUUUGUUCUGCUUUGCAUUCUGCCAGUAGACCGGAACCAGUCUGUUAUGGUCAGCAUUCAGCAGACUUUAGUUGAAGCGUUUUGUCGUGAUAACGACAUAAAUCUUGUAAAAGUUGACAGCACUGACAAAUUGGCAGCACUUGUCAGAUACGAUGAUCCAAAUGACAACGAAGAUUAUCGCGAUUACUGCUGUGUACUGGUGCAGGCUCCAACUUCUUGUACCGAAAAAUGUGAAUUCCGCAAGUUGAACCAGUCAAUUGUUGAUUACUACAACUCUGUAUUUGUGGACUGGGACUCCGAGCCUAUUAUUGAACUGCCUGGCUGAUUCUUAUAACCAAUUUACUCCAAAUCUAUAUUGCCUAAAGUGGCAUUCCCGCAAGAGCAUGAAGAACCUGUUCUUUCGAUCUCUUGGCUUGUUCUACUCCACUCUGGUAGACCAGUACUGGCUAUCUGGCACAAAACCAGAUAAUAUGACAAGAAAAAAAGUGAGAUCCCUACCAUGGCUCAGCUCUGCUUCAAAGCAAGUGACAAUGCCAGUGUUCCCUCUUCUGUUUACGCUGGAGACUGUACUGGAAGAUAAAACGGAUACUUUUCUUCACUGGAAGAAUACUGUUAGACUGUGACCAGGAAUAGACUGUACAAUAUUUUACUGCUAUGGAACUACUCUGUGCCUUUUGAGCAUGUCCAAGAUGAGCUUGGGAAUAAAUUUCUUACAUUGAACUAUAAAGGAUUGAAGACUAUCUCAGCAUUUCUAUAACUGACUAUAGAGCAUUUGAUUUCUAUAUCUCCUUUAAAGCAAUGAUAUUUUGUAUUCAUGUUUUUAACAAGUUUACAUCAACUGGAGUAAUUUGGUUCUGAAUAAAUUUCUUUUGAAAAUA